ACUCUGACAUUCAUGGAUAUAUAUUUAUUUCACUCUCUUUCUUCCCUUUUUUAACCCCCCCUUCUCUCUCUCUCUCUCUCCCCUUCUCCCACACACACCCUCUCUCUCUCUCUCUCUCCCUCCCUCUCUCCCCCUCUCUCCCUCUCUCCCCUCCUCUCUCUCUCUCCCCUCCUCUCUCUCUCCCCCCCCCUUCUCCCUCUCUAACACACACCCUCUCCCUCCCUCCAUCUCUCUCUCUCUCUCUCUCUCUCUCUCUCUCUUCGUACUCUCCUCCCAUCUCUCUCCCCUUCUCUCUCUCCUUCCCCACACACAUAUUUUCUCCCUCUCUUUCUCUCUCCCACACACAUCCUCUCUCCCCGUCACACACGCACACACAUAAUAUAAGGUCUUCUUCAUCAGCCCUUGGUUUGAUAAAGUGUAUCUCUCUCACUACCCGACCCCUCUUCAUAUAAUUCUCUCUAAACAAAUGUGGAAAUCUUAUAAAGAAAAGAUGUAUUCCGGCAUGGAAUCUGCAUUCUCAGGUUUUAAAUUUGAUCCCCAGUUGAGCUUGGGGGAGAAAAGACAACUUGUUCAUGAAAUUGCCUUAUGGUCAGAAGAUGCCCAAAUGAUUUUAAGUUCAUUGACUCGCAGAGAGCUUCUUGAAAUCAUAUGUGCUGAGAUGGGUCAAGAGAGAAAGUAUAGUGGUUAUAGCAAAAAUCAAAUGAUAGAGCACCUUCUGAAGUUAAUUUAUAAGAAUUAUGGGAAGACUGAUAAAUAUACCCUCAACUCAACUGAAAAUGGAUGCAAAAGGCAGAGGACGCAAGAGCAGCUAUGUCACACACCAGUUCGAUCUGAGAAUGAUCCACAAGAAAACAUGGAAGCGGAAAUUAAAGUCUCACUUUGUGAAAAUUUAGCAUGCAGAGCUGCGAUGGGGCAGGGAGACAAAUUUUGCAAGAGAUGUUCUUGCUGCAUCUGUCAUAAGUAUGAUGAUAAUAAGGACCCGAGUCUAUGGUUGACCUGUGAGUCUGAUGCUUCGGACAGCUGGGAAUCUUGUGGAGUGACAUGUCAUUUGGAAUGUGCUUUGAAACAUGAACAAACAGGCAUAUAUAAGAAUGAAUGUCGUUCCAAGUUGGAUGGAGGGUUCUAUUGUGUUACCUGUGGAAAAACUAAUGGGCUGAUGAGAACCUGGAAGAAACAACUGUUGAUUGCGAAAGAGGCACGCAGAGUUGAUGUACUUUGUCUUCGAGUCUCUCUUAGCUGCAAGAUCCUUAGAGAAACUGAGAAAUAUAAGGAAUUGCUUACCAUUGUUGAGUCAUGUGUGAAGGCACUCGAGAAUGAAGUGGGUGCUCUUGAGCAAGCUGCCAAAAAGAUGGAUCGCCAUAUUGUCAACAGGCUGUCUUGUGGCAAUGAAGUUCAGAAGUUAUGCACUUAUGCAGUGGAAGUCUUUGAUUCAAUGUCACCAGACCAAUGGUUUUAUCAUAUUGAUCAAAAAGGGCCACCAACCUGUAGGAUUCAUUUUCAAGAAUCAUAUCCGAACUCUGUAGUCGUCGUCCUAGACUACAAGAAACAUCUGUUCAAAAAUUUCUUGGGUUGCAGAUUAUGGCAUCGAAAAUCUGCUGCCACAGAAUAUCCAAAAGAAGCAACUUCAAUUGUACUGAUGCCAGGGAAGACAUUCAAGCUCACUAAUCUCGAUCCAUCAACUGAAUACAUGUUCAAAGUAUCCUUCUUUAGCGACGCAGAAGUUUUGGGUCCAUGGGAAGCUAAAUGGGUCACACCGACAUCAAUUGGAAGCCCCUCGUCCAACAACAAACCAGGAGAAAGGAAACAUACAAUGAACUCUGGUGAAUCUAAAACAGCUUUGAUUUGCAAUCUUGAAAAGCUUCCCUCGUCGAAUAGCAUUAAUGAAAGCAAGAAUCAUAGCUCCCCUGCACAGGAUAACUCUUCCACAAGCCCUAAACUAAAUCCUCCUGUAACCCCUUUCACAUCUGAGAAAGCAUGUUGCCCAGGAUGGAACAAACAACCGCAGGAGAGUGAUUACGAACACUCAGUAAGGGUUGUCAGAAAGUUGGAACAAGAGGGGUACUUGGACAAAGACUUCAGAGUAAAGUUCUUGACCUGGUUCAGCUUGAAAGCCACUGCACAAGAGAGAAGAGUGAUUAGUGUUUUUGUCGACACCCUAAUCGAAGACCCUUCAAGCUUGGCUGGGCAGCUUAUUGAUGCUUUUACAGAGAAAAUUUACGGACAGCAGAAAGAGGUAUCACAUUGUUGUUCUAAAAUGUGGAAGUGACUCUUGGAAGACCUGCAAAUCAAAUCUUCUUCCUUUAGGUAAUUGUAGUUAAAAUUGGUUGUUUUAGAGUUAAUGUUGCGUUGCUUAGCAGAAAACAUUGAUGUUAUUAGAAUCAUUAGUAUCGAACAGUUUCUUUGCCAAGGCUUUCUAUUUUUAAUCUAGGAAAUCAGUUCUACUCUUA